CCUUUUACAUGGAAGGAACGAUUCUUCGUCGCCAUCGCUUGGGUACCGAAAGGAACUUUACAGGUUUAUGGUUGCACAUGUAGAAGUAACGUGGAAAUUAUUUAUAUUCCUUCGAAAUAUCCUGAAACACUUGCAAGAAUGGUUCAACAAAAAAAGAACAAAAAGGCUUCCCAAUGAGGACAUCGACGAAGAUAUGGAAGAUGAUAUUGAGGAUAUAGAUAUAAAUGCUGUAACAGACUCGGAAGAAGAAUAUACGGAAACUGAGAGAAAAUUGCUAGAAAAGGUACGACAACAACGUGUUACUGAAGACUUUGAUAGUGAUGAUGAAGUCUACAAACUGCAAGAUGAAAGCGAAGAUGAUCAGCAAGAUUCAAUGGAAUCUGACAUUGAAGGAGCACAAGAGGAUUAUGAUAUGCCAAAUGAUAGAGCUUGGGGCAAUAAGGCAAAAACUUUUUAUUCAUCAGAUUUCAAAUAUACAGAUUAUGCAUCGGCGCCUCAGAAGGACUUGGUCAAUGCAGACAUGGAAGAGGAAGAAGGAAAAAGGCUACAUUUAAGAUCGAUGGGACAACAUUUAACUCUUGAUGGUUCAAAUUUUAGUAAAAAUAAAAUAUCUGAAGUCAUAGAGGACAGCAAAAUUGUUCAGGAAGAUAAUGAACUAGUAUCUGAUAAGGAAUCUUUUAUGAUCAUGAUCGAUACUUUUAAAGAAUAUAUGACAGAGGCAAAGAAUAUUUUGGUACCUUUCCUCGAAUUAGUAAAAAACGGAACAUGUCCCGAUUGUAGUGCAGUAACUUUCGUCAGAACCAAAUAUGAGAUUAUAUUAAAUUAUUGUAUAAAUAUUUCAUUUUGUUUAAUGCUGAGAGCCAAGGAAUUACCAGUGAAGUCGCAUCCGGUGAUAAAGCGUUUGGAGCAGUACCAUCAACUGCUUCAUCAAUUACAGUCGGAGCAGGGAAAUUUGUUAGAGGAAAUAACAGAGAUAUUGAAAGCAGUGAAAGAAGGCAAACCUCUGUAUAGCAUAUCAGAUUCUCAAAAACAAAUUAAUGAAAAAUCUCCAAGAUCUACUAGUUUGAUUAAAAAAUUGGCGCAUAAAAAAGAAAUUAUGGAACAUUCACUAUCCGAUAGUUUGGAUGAGGAAAUGACUACAGAUGAAGAGCUGGAUAUUGAAGAGAAGCAUGAUAACAAGAUAAUGAUUGACGAGAAAGACAAUAAUACAAAUGAAGAGAUAGCCAAGAGACCAAUAACAUACCAAAUAUUAAAGAAUAAAGGUCUCACGCCUUAUCGCAAGAAGGAACUGCGCAAUCCGCGAGUAAAACACAGAAAUAAAUAUCGUAAAGCCAAGAUUCGCAGGAAGGGUGCAGUACGAGAAAUAAGGAAAGAAUUGACUCGCUAUGCAGGAGAAAUCUCAGGUAUCAAAGCAGGUGUAAAGAAAGGCAUUAAAUUGAAGUGAUAAAUGAAAAAAAGGAAUUUAUCUUUAUUGAUCAUAUAUGUGAUCUGAUGAAUAUCGUAUAUUCAAUUGUGUAUUCUAAUUAAAUAUUAAUUUCUUAUUAAUAUAUAUUUAAAAUUCAUUAUUCCUUAUAUAUCAUAUACUUCUAAAUCGUCUAAAAAUUAUUGACAAAUCACUAUUUCUGUGAAUAUAGAUCAAUCAAUGUAACUUGCUUUUUAUCUUUUUGUAAUUCUAAGAAUUAAAGUCUAUGAAC